UUUAGCUACAUCCAAUAUUCUAACAUAGCAGCCAAGUUGUUGAGACGAGCCUUGAAAGCAGAUCUAAGAGGUGAAGCGGCCAAACGUGACGAAUCAUUCGUCAGGUUCACUCCUUGGAAAGAUGGAAAACCAAUCAAAACUCCCCAGCCACCAAGCAGCUAAACAUGAAGUCUUCUGUCUCCUUAGAUUCAACAUCUGUAAAUUAAGUUCCAUUGUUCUUCAAUAAAUUCUGUUACCUCUUUA